AGCAAGGGGGGCCGGGUCUGGAGGGCUGCUUGAAACGCGACUGUUGGUCUGCAAGGUGGACAGUGUAACUCGCUCUAGCUUCUUUUUUUCCUUCCCCAGCAUGCAUGGCUUUUGUUUCUAGGAGCAGGGACAGAGCUGAUGCAGAGAAAAGCACUUACCUUACACACUGUACCUGGGAGCCCUUUGAAAGUGCCCGAGCGCACAGCUUGACACUCAAGUCUGCGCUCUGCAGAUGUACAGACUGUGUUCAGUGAAUUGAUUUUAUAACACAGAAGGAAGAGACUGAGACACCGAUUACAGGGUACAGCGUGGAUAGCGGGCUAUGCUGUCCGUGCUGUUUUAACACCCACAGAACCUGGAAAUUAAACUUUUUUUUUCUACGCAUCUAGCCUUUCAAGGCUACUCUGGACUGAAGUUUAAACGACUUUAACUGCGCAACUCAGGAGUGAAUCAUUUCUUGCACUGUUUCUACUCAGCUCAGACUGUGAAGAGGAGGCGAAAAGAGCUGAGUUUGCUUUAAAGUGAAUCAGAGGACCAAGGAGAGAGGGAGAGAAAGAGCAAGCACACCGCUCUCCCUCUGUGUGUAUAACUUGGCAGCAUGGUGCAGAAAAUGAGCCACACGGAGAGCACCGCCGAGGCGCUGUCCUUUUUCGGCGGGGAUUCGAGCUCCGAUUCCGGGGCUUGCAUGGAUCUGGACCCGGCCGCCUCGCCUCUCUCGCCGGGCUCCACGGCUUCCUCGACGGCCGGCGACAAGUUGGGAGAAAACCCGGCGUGGUGCAAAACUCCCAGCGGACACAUCAAGAGACCCAUGAACGCGUUCAUGGUGUGGUCGCAGAUAGAGAGGAGAAAGAUCAUGGAGCAGUCCCCGGACAUGCACAACGCCGAGAUCUCAAAGAGGCUGGGGAAGCGGUGGAAGCUGCUCCGAGACGGCGACAAGAUCCCCUUCAUCAGAGAGGCUGAGCGGCUCAGGCUCAAGCACAUGGCGGACUAUCCCGACUACAAGUACCGGCCAAGAAAGAAGGUAAAGUCGAGCGCAUGCAAGCCGGGCAGCAGCGGAGAUAAGGGGGAAAAAGUUAACGGUAGCUCCAACAACACCAGCAUUAAGUCGUCCUCAUCUUCGAGGAAGAGCGGAUCCAAAUCACCCAGCAGCAGCAAACCCCACAAAUCACUUUUCGGGAGCAGUAGCACCAAAGCAGCACUGUUUGCCUCCGAGCACCCAUCAGAACACCACCACAACUCUCUCUACAAGUCCAAGUCUGGUUCCUCGGCAGCCAAGCAGAUACCGGACAGCAAGAAGCCCAAGCGGGUAUACGUGUUCGGGAACAGCGGUGCGAGCCCCGCGUCCUCCGUCGUAGUCCCGGCCAGCCCGACGCUCAGCAGCUCGGCGGACUCCAGCGACCCGCUCAGCCUCUACGACGACGCGGCCAGCGGCAGGGAGGAAGGCGCCGACUCCCCCGGCAGCAGCGGCAGCAGCCUGCGCGGGUCUUCGGAGCGUCACGGCGGGCACACAUACAGCAGUCGGCGGGCUUCCUCGCCUACCCCCUCCGGCUCUCACUCCUCCGCCUCGUCCCACUCGUCCUCUUCCUCCUCGGAGGACGAGGAGUUCGAGGACGACUUGCUCGACAUCAACCCGAGCCCCAGCUUCGACAGCAUGUCGCUGGGGAGCUUUGGCUCCUCGGUGCUGGACAGGGACUGGGAUAUGAACUUUGAGUCCGGCUCCGGGGGGUCCCACUUCGAGUUCCCCGACUACUGCACCCCCGAAGUCAGCGAGAUGAUCUCCGGAGACUGGCUCGAGUCCACCAUCUCCAACCUGGUGUUCACGUAUUGAGAGGGAGGAAGAGAGCAGAAGAAUAAAACGCAAAAAAAAUAGUCUACGACCAGAAACAGGGGUUCCUGCUACAGUGGGCGCAAUAGUUUGUGUGCACCAGACUAAUAUGAAACCCACUAAAACUAGGCUCCGUCCCUUCUCGCCCUCAUAGGCAAGAGCUGCAAUUCCUUGGAAAGCUCAACGUUAAAGCGAAUAACUUUGCUUUUUUGUACUUUUCUCUGGAUGCGUGGUGGACUGUGGGACUCGGUACAACCACGAAAGUGGAGGGAGUUCAAAACAAGAGGAGAGGGAAGGAGAGACUGCGUUUCCUGACAGUGAAGCUCAGUCCAGGACUGUUUUGAACUCAACAACUUAACUGUGAUUGAUUUGCACGUUACGCGGUCCGCCGUUCACUUAAUCAAUGUCUGUCGCUGAUUUAGAAAAGAAAAAAAGGGACAUUUCACAACUUUUUACCAAUCGCCAAGUGAACUUCACCACUAAAAAGGUACACAAAUAGGACUGCCGUGCGACACUUUUAUUGUGGUGUGUCACCGAGAGGGAUUUUUAAUGAAGCCGAGGUGGGUUGAUGUUUUUUUUUUGUUUGUUUGUUUUUUAAGUCGAAUAUUUUCUCAAAAGCAAAAAAACGUGUUACGCAUGAUAGCCUACUUUGUUCCUAUCUUGUGCUGAGAUUUUUUUUUUCUGUGAGACUGUCGAACAGUUUAAAAACUAGUGUUAGGGUUAUUUAAGUGGAUAGGUGGCGCUCGCUUCGGUUCUUCUCUUUAAAAAAAAAGGACAUUGAAAUAAUCACCAGCUGUCGUAUUAUCAGACUUCAGGAUUCAAACGCAACUUCAAAUCUGUGCUGAACUUUAUACACGUGUUCUCUAUGAUUCAGGACCAAAAUUCUUUAAUUUUCAGAUGAUAGCUAUAGAGAAAUCCUCACCGAUUUUUUUUUUUUUUUUUCCAUCCUCUGAGCUUUGUUUUGUACAUUUAUUCAGAUGCCAUUUUAUAUGGGAUGUUGUAUUUAUAUACUGGGCCAAGCAUUUUUGACUUGAUCUGUAAUUUUUAUUUUUGUUUUUAUUUCCUGUAUACAUGACCUAGUCCUGUUUUUGUUUUUCUUACACAGUUGUUCGUCAGUAUGUCUGUGUCUGUCACAUUUCCUUCUCAGGCGAAGGGCUAGAGUUUUAAAAACACACGACUUUUCAUUUCUUUUUUAUAUUUAAAUGUACACACUUUUUGGACACUUAAAAGAGAGGAAACAGUUUGAUUAUUUUCUCAGUGUAUUUUUGUACAAAUCUAUAUAGAAAAUGGGGGAGUCAACAAUCGGUGUGUGUAGCCUACAGCUGUAUUGGAUUUCCUAAUUUUUAAUACCCCGGCAGACUGGUUUUCAUGCUGCCUUCAAGUGCUUAUGGUGAGCUCGUAUACUUAUGUUGCCUGUUGAGACGCUUUUGUACGGGCAGACAGCAGAACGGAGCUCAAGACUGUGGUGCCUAUUGUUUAGAAGUCCAAGGCACCAAGCUACUUUUUGACAGAGCAGAGGCGCUAAUAUGAAUCAGGUGUGUAAUUUGUGUUUGAAAUAAUUAAACAGGCAAAGUUUGUGUAACUUUUACCAGCAAGUACUGAUAAUAGUUCUUUGAUCCCUGGACCUCUGCAGUACAGGCAUGACAUACUUUGUAUGCAAUUGAGGUUUUCUUUCCCGGCAGCACUUGAAAGCAGCACCAGUCUUCGUAUCAGCCUACCUUCUACGUUUACAGUGCCAGACUUCAGACUCCUUAAAGACACAGGAACGCAUUAUUUCCAGAGGCUAUUCACACGGACCAUGUGGGUUCAACAGCAUCACUAGCUCUUAAGCAGCCACUUGCUAAAACUGCAUUUCCUGUCAGAGAUCUUGCCUACGACAACAACGAGGAGAUUGUAGCUUUAAAUUUGACUUAUUUCUUGAUGUUUUCAUUAACUGAUGUCACAUUUGCCAAUCAGCCACUGGAUUGAUCAAUAUAGCAAGCAAACAACAAGGAUGACAACAUCAAGCAUAUUCAAAUUUCUGACUUGAGUUCCGCAAACACCUACUUGUACUGCGUUUCUCAUUGUAUUUGAAUAUAUAAUCUUUUCUACUUGUCGGCUAACUAUUAGCUAAUAAUUGUUUUAGUAUCUUUAUGGCAUGGUGAAUAGCAUUUGUAUUUCCGAUUCAGGUUAUUAGCUGUUGUGUUUUUCAGAAAAAAAAAUGGAGAAAAAAAAAAUGAGGAAAACAAUGAAACGUGAACUCGAUCUUUGUAUAUUUGACUGUAUCAUAAAGCAAAAAGAUUGUGUGUUUAUGUACGUUGUUGCUAUUGAGGACAGGCACUGUCUAGAACUGCUAUCUUUUACACAUCCUUACUUACAUUUAAGGUGGUCAGUUCGGACUGUUUUUUAUAUAUAUAUGAAAGCAUUUUUAAAUAUAUUAACUUUAUUUUUCAUCCAUCCUGUGCAAUAUGCUGUGUAGAAUUAUCAUUUAUUGUCUCUAAUCAUGCCAUAAACAAAGGAACCACCCUUUUUCUGAGACCCAGAGAAAGGGGAGGGCGAACUCAUGCCAGCUAAAUUGUGUCCAUUCACUGCCUGUCAGAUUGUUGAUACAAACUUGUGUACAGAACUUUUUCAAGGAAGGAAAUAAAUAUCAGCUGGAACUGAAA